UUCUUUUUCACCAUUUCACUCAGUCAUAAUUUGAUUUUUACCAAAUGUGAUUCAUUGAUCAAGUACUCUUUUAUAUAUUUAGCUUUAAGUUAUACACUUUUUUUUGAUAGAUAAUCAUAUUCUCCGGUUCUCCAAUCUGACUUGGUGGUUGGGAUUCAAAAUCGCGAUCCGAUAGCUGAAAGCCGACUGUUUUAACUGGCUACCUGAUCUGAUCGAAGAUGAGUAAUUCAAUGUUAGAAAUGAAUUUUACUCGUUUAUUAUAUUGUACUGAACGUCUUGCAGUACAAAAACAAUCAGGAACUAUUUACAAUGAUUAUGUAAAAGUUCUUGAAAUAUUUUUUAAUAAAUUACUUUCAUCCAGUCAUCAUCCUUCUCCAGAAAAUAUACGUAAAUAUGAAAUAAGAAUUAAAAAAUUAAAACAAAUUUGUGAUACAAUACAAAGUUCCAAUAAUAAUAAUAAUAUCCUUCAUCGUUUAUCACAUAGUGAUAGAAUUGUAACUUCUUCUGACAUGAAUGAAACCGCUCCAGUUUAUUAUGAUGAUGUUAUCAAUAAUGAUGACAAUGUUAAAACUGCCGAAAACAAUAAUCUAUGGUGUGAAACAGACAAUCAAUCACUUGUUCAAGGUACAUUGAUGGAUCGAUGUGAUUUGAUUGAAAAAGAACGUCAACGUAUCAAUAGAGAAUUACGUGAACAAUUAUUAGGUGAAGGAAAUAAAUCUACCGAUUAUAGCAAAAAUAAAAAUUUAACUCAUUCCACUACUACUACUGGUCUAUUACGUCAACAAGAAAUACAACGUGAACAAUUAGCUUCAGAAAUGUUAUUAUUAACAACUGAUUUAAAACAUCAAUCCACUGCGAUGAAUCAACGUAUUCGUCAAGAUUAUGAAACAGUACAUGUUAGCAUUGAACAAGUUGAACGAAAUACCAAUAAUCUUCAUAGUGUUUUAAAUGAAUUAUCUAUUGAAUUAGGGGCGAAAUGUGGUCGAAUUGUAUGGAUUCUGUUUUUUAUUUCAUUAGGUUUAUUUUUGUAUAUGAUUAUUUUUAUGAAAAUGUUUCGUAAACGUAUUAUCCAAUCGAAUUCCGUGUAUUCAUCAUCAUCAACAUCGAAAACGGAAUUGUGAUUGGUUGUCAAAAAUAGACUUGUUUUUCUAUUGAUUGA